AUGGCGGCCGCUAGUAGUGGCGACCCAGGGGGGUCCGUCAAGCGUAGAUUGCCGGAAUUCAUGGAUCCUACCAAUCAAUUUGGAGAGUUGACGUUUCUGCAGAUGACCGGAAAGGAUGGUGCACAACUACCAAUCAACCCGUACAUAAUUGGUAAGUCGGUGGAAGCAUGUGCCGGUGGAGAAAUUGAAGAUGCGAGAACAGAAGCAAACGGAACCAAAUAUACCUUGCAUGUCCGUAAUCCAACCCAAGUUGCCAAGCUACUAAAGUUGACGAAGCUCAUCGAUGGAACCGAAGUAGAAGUCGUUCCUCAUCCAAAAUUGAACAUUAGUAGGUGCAUAUUGUCUUCCUCCGAACUGAUCCGGAUGGAAGAGAAAGAUAUUUUGGCGGAAAUGAGUAGUGAGAAAGUGAUCCGUGUCCAACGAAUCACCAAAAAUGAGGGAGGAAAAAAAGUCAACACACCUGCGCUAAUUCUGACCUUCUGUACCACAACAUACCCGGAAACUAUGAAAGUGGGGCUGAGACGUCUACCCACUCGCCCAUACUUUCCCAAUCCCAUGCUCUGCUAUGGUUGUUUCAGUUAUGGACAUACUCGCAUCCGUUGUCCUGGACCACAACGCUGUGUCAAUUGCUCUAACAAUUUCCAUGGCGAUGAAUGUAGCGAAGCAUCCUUAUGCUGGAACUGCAAAGGAGAUCAUCGACCCACCAGCCGACAAUGCCCGGUGUACAAAAAAGAGGUUGAUGUGAUUAAAAUUAAAGUACGUGAAAACAUAUCCUUUCCUGAGGCCAGAAAACGCGCUGAGCUGCAAACAGGUGGCAGUUACGCCCAAGUAGCAGCCCAACAAAACGCACUCGAGAAGAAGCUAUUAGAUCUGGAAGCGGCCAUGGUAAAAAAGGACCAGGAAAUUGCUAGGCUGCAAGAAGAAAGCAAAAGGAAAGAUGAAAAAAAUGAACAGAUGAUGUCGUUCAUCAAUCAGGUAAAGCAACAAAAUGUUCAUCAACAUCAACACCGUAGCAACGAGCAAUCCGCCAGCCAAGAAAAACCACGCCACAGAGAACAGAAAAUAGCAACAAUAGCGACAACUGGCUCAAUCACCCGAUCGAGGAACAACUCGCCAGCCAUUCAGGAGACGAAGCGUGGACGUCUCCCAAAAAGUGAUAGUAACAAACCGGUCACUUCUCCAAAUACAAGCCCACCCCCGAAAACUAAAAAGGCUACUACUGGCACGUUCGACCUCACCGAAAUGGAUUAUUCUGAGGAGGAACCAGAGGUAUCGGAGACAACGUCAAAACAGCGUUUUCGAUAG